AUGAGUUCGACUUGUUGGCAUGUUCUUGGAUUGCUCCAUCGUAACAAACGGGAUUGUAACGAAGCUAUGCAAUGUUUCAAACAAGCAGUUCGAUUAGAUCCUGAAAAUCUUGUACUCGCUCGAGAUUUAACGAAUCUUCAGGUUCAUGAAGGCAACGUUUGUGGUAACUAUCAACUAGCUCACAGGCUGUUAAGGACAACUAUUGAUCAUUUUCAACGAUUUUCUGAGAGUGGAGGACAGACAAGGGAAGAAAUCUGGGAAACGGGGGAGAGGGAGGCCAAUACGAAGAAGCCAUCAAAUCACUCCAGGAAUGCCCCAAGUGAGACUUCUGUUUUGAUUGGAUUGCUUCAAUCGGUGUGUCUUCUUUCUAGCGUUCCUGACAAAGCUGCACGUCUAGAAACGUUAGGCCGUCUGCAGAUCUACACAAACAGGCUGGAUGACGCUCAUCGGACAUUCCUUGAGCUAUUUCGUUAUCAGCGCGCAAACAGAACGUAUCUGCUUUGCGCCUUGGCUUCCCAUCCUCUCUUUCGCAAUCACGUCGUCUUCCCCAAAUCUCCUCUAGCGAUGAGACAAAAUGCGUCAGCUCCUUGCGAGCGAACGUCGGACCUCAACGGCAACUUGGACGACUCCAAGUUCCUUGCGUUCAGUCUCUACGCUUUAGGAGCGCCGGAACUGCACGGAAGCCUUGCAAAUGGAUGGCUUGCGCAGCCCCGUCAUGUCAUUUUCCGUGGAACGCCCCGUGACUUCGAAACCAGAACCCCGGACAGUGCGAUGUAUUAUCUGCUUCGGCCCUUAUCCGAGGAGGAGCAGAAGAGGCUAUCUGAAUGGUUUUUAUCUGAUGAAGAAACCCAGACGGCUUGUAUUGCAUCACGCGUUGCACAUCAGACAAUCUGCUUGUCUGCGCUAAGCUCGUUUUUUGAUUUAACUGGACAAUAUAAGCAGGCGUUAGAAACAGUCGAAAAUGCCAUUGCGUCCACACCGGCAUUUGCUGAGUUGCAUCAACUCAAAGCGCGUAUUUUGAAACACUCGGGAAAUUUUGAAGCUGCAGCUGGGGCAAUCUGUGAUGCUCGCGAAAUGGAUUUAGCUGAUCGGUUCUUGAAUACACUUUCCGUCAAAUAUUUGCUAGCAAUCGAUGACACGAAGAAGGCGACUCAGAUGGCAUUGUAUUUUUCUCAUGAAGAUAAUCUUACAGAAAUGCAAUCUUUAUCAUAUGAACUGCGUUGCGGAGAAUCAUGGAGACGUCAAGGGAAAUUGGGACUUUCGUUAAAUCAGUUCUACACAGUUGUGUCCCAAUUCGGCGAUAUGCAUCACGACCUGUUCGACUUCCACUGGUAUUGCCAGAGACGUGGUGGAUUUCGCAGUUACUUGAGAACUUUAAGAAUGAGAAACAAAGUCUACGCGCACCGAUAUUAUCGGAGGGCAGUCCAUAACAUCAUUUCGAUUCUUCUGAAGCAGUAUGAUCAUCCAGAAGAUGAUGCUUCAACAACCGUCAAGCGGCCUAAUAAUCCAGAAAUCCAGCAUUCUGAUAGUCACUCUACAGCGACACCGGAGGCCACCAGCAAGUCAAGUAAAAAGAAAAAGAAGAAAGCCGAUCCGAGUGGCGCUUCACCAGCACCACCAGGAAGUUUGCCUACAGCAACUCCUUCCAAAAAUGUCGAUAUCGAUCAAGGAGGCAUGAAAUGGCUUCUGAGUGGAGAUGCGGCGCUUGAAGAAGCGGCACGGCUGGUGGAUCAUCUUCGGCAAGCUGCUCAACUAUGGCCACAAACGCACCAAAGCGCGGAAACUGUUGUUGAUGGCACAGUCUCUGUAUCGGUUGUGGUCGAUCGGAAGCUUUGA